CUGAGCUGCUCUCUCCCUUCAGUAGCUCUAGUGGGGUUCAGCAGCCAGCAUGGCCACAGCUGCCUCCAGCCCCUACACCCUGCUCAGCUCCAGUCCCAUGAUCCACCCGGACUCCCAGGCCAUGCAGCCUGCGAGCCCCUACAGGGGACACCAGAAACUCCUCCAGAGUGACUACCUGCAGAGUGUCCAGAGCAACGGACACCCGCUCGGGCACCAGUGGGCGACCACUCUGUCGGAGGGCAGCCCCUGGUCGGCCUCCAUGGAGCAGCAGGACGUAAAACCAGGCCGAGAGGACCUGCAGCUUGGCAUCAUCCAUCACCGCUCGCCGCACGUAGCGCAUCACUCCCCUCAUCACAACAACCAUGGCAACCACCCAGGAGCCUGGGGGACCCCGGUGUCCCACAACUCUUCCAUCACCAGCGGGCAGCAGAUCAACAUCUACUCCCAGACGGGCUUCACUGUCAACGGCAUGCUGGACCACGGGGGCCUCACACCUCCACCUAACCCGCAGGGCCAAGGCAUGCACCCGGGCCUCAGGGACACACUCAGCCCCGAGCACAGCGACCUCGGCGGGCACCACUGCCACGACCACUCCGACGAGGAGACGCCCACUUCGGACGAGUUGGAGCACUUUGCCAAGCAGUUCAAACAGCGGAGAAUCAAGCUGGGCUUUACGCAGGCGGACGUGGGGUUGGCUUUGGGCACGCUGUAUGGUAACGUCUUUUCCCAAACCACCAUCUGCAGGUUUGAAGCUCUGCAGCUCAGCUUUAAAAACAUGUGUAAACUAAAGCCGCUGCUAAACAAGUGGCUGGAGGAGGCAGACUCGUCCACUGGCAGCUCUAGCAGUAUAGACAAGAUAGCAGCUCAGGGUAGGAAGAGGAAGAAGAGGACAUCCAUCGAGGUCAGCGUCAAAGGGGUUCUGGAGACACACUUCUUAAAGUGUCCCAAACCCUCCGCACCGGAGAUCACUUCGCUGGCGGACUCACUGCAGCUGGAGAAGGAGGUGGUGCGCGUGUGGUUCUGCAACCGGAGGCAGAAGGAGAAGCGCAUGACGCCGCCGGGAGAACCGCCGCCGCACGAGGGACCUUAUUCUCACAGCGGGAGCGCAGGAGACGCCUCCUCGUGCCACGAUCUCUGACCGAAGCACCGGGAGGAAUCCCCCGGCACACUCUCGAGCGCAGGGCCGCGCGGUGGCACAUCUCAGCCUCCGUGCCUGUCCCGGUACAGACUCCCCCAGCUGCCUCCAGCACGAGACGACAAUAACAAUAACAGAGAUACCUGUUCAGCCUUCGUCAUUUUUUAACUGUCAUGAGGGCAUUAUUCUAUAGCUGCAUAUCAAACGUCACAUUUCAGAUUAUGGAGCCCGCCAAAUUCUUUUCUACAUCACGGAUAUAAAAACAAAAUGUGCCUAAUAACCUGCCAGCGCCUUUGGUUUGUGUCUCCACUUCUCAUCAGCUCGAUAAUAACAAUAAGAAGGGACUGAUGUCUUCUUUUGACAUGUUUGGGCUUCUCUCUGCUUCUGUUGUAUGAUCAGUGCAGUGAAACAAAUAAUAAUAUCACUUUUCUUAAUUGAUUUCCAGCAGCACCACGAGGCCAUGUUACAGUGCACCUCACGCUUCCCUCGGGCUUCUACAAUGCUUUACUUUUCAUAUUUACAUUCAUUAUUUUGUAACUUACUCGUAGCAGAUCUGUAAUUAUUUUUGCAUAUGCAAAUAUAGGCCCUCAUUCCAAUUGUAGAGGUAUUGCUACCAACAUAAUAGCACUUGGAGGGGUUUUUUUUUUCAAUUAAAUUCCUCCCUUAUGGCCUGUAGCCACACACACUUAUAGCUAUUUAUAAAUCCAUGUAUUUGAUUUCAAUCAUCUCCGACCAUAGAAACUGUGUGGACUCUGAAACAGAGCCGAGAAUAGAAGGGGAGGGGUUGACGACGCUAUACACCUGCCUAUAAUUUUAUUGUACCUUCAGUAUCAAAAUUUUAUAAUCUUAAAUACUCCUGUUAUUGGUUUAUUUCUUAAGUAUUUUUUCCAAUAUUGUACAGUUUUAUAUAUUACCCUUUUGAAGUCAUUAAU